AUGAAAAGAGAUAGAGAUGAAGAUAAUGAAGGAGAAGAAGAAGGAGAAAAAGAGGAAGAGAUAAGAGAUGAUUAUACAAAAAAAGAAUUGGAGCAAUUGUAUAAACCACAGGUAUUGGAGAUAUGUUUAAAGUUGGGUUUGAACAUGACGAAUAAGGAGACUAAAAAGUUUAUGAUUAAAAAGAUAUUGGCACGUCCUAAACAAAUCAAAGAGUAUCAAGAGUACAAGGACCACAAUCCAAUCAACGACUAUCAUCGUGGUGCAUUGGAAUAUGCGUUGCCAUGGUUCAUCAUUCAACGUAUUUUGACUGAAUCAUUCCACAUGACCGAUGUAUGCACUUGUUUGAUAAAGAGUGAUCUUAGAACAAAACAAAAAGAGAUAUUUGUAUAUCAUCAAGGUGGCAGUGACAGAAACUCUGACAAGAAUCUGUUAAAGGUGUUUUAUGGAACCAUGGCAUUGUACCCAGACAUUCAAAAACACUCACUCAAGCGAGAAGAGAUGUGUCCAUGCCAUCAAUUUGGGUAUGACUCUGGACACGUACAGCCAUUUGUACUAGCCAGCGACCCAUUCCUCAAACACCACCGCGAAGGGUAUAGUUGGAGACGGUCAUUGGCACUGCUCUCUAAACGUAUAUUUACCUUUAUCUCUACGACUCUAUUUACCGAUAUUGUCAUUGAACCAAAUGGAGACAGUUGGAAACACUUUAAAAACGAACACAAUUUGGUUAAAAAGCCUAGAUCGGUCACGUUUGCUCCAACAACUUCAGGCUCCUUCCCAAAAGACAAUCAUUUUGUCAAUGACUUGUUUGAGAAUGUCGAAAGAGUCUAUAUCAAGGGCAACUUUGUCGUUGAAAAGGUCGAUCCUCUUCGUACACUCAAUUCAUGUGCACCCAAGCUUAACAAGAUCGUUUCGUUUUGUCAACCCACCAAAACAGUCUUUAAAACGUUGCUUACGAAUUCUCGUAGACGCUACAAUAAUAAUCUUCCAGUCGUCGAAUUCAAGUCUGCUGACUUUCCAAGUUUACGACAAAUCUAUUCGAGUGCACCCAACCUCACACCCACCAUUCCCGAAACCAUCACCAAGGUCACACUGUUUGAUUGCACAUCGAUCGAAUACUUUGUAAAGUAUUUGAAUCUUUCAACCAUUCGAUUCAACGUUGCCGAUGGUCUAGAAACAAUCACCAAUCUCAACUUUGCAUCAACUUCCUUUACUCGAGUCAUUAUCUAUUCACAAGUUGAUAUUACUGACAAGGAUAUUCAAAAAAUGAACAGUAAAGGGUUUACCUAUAUCGGUUCAACCUUUUCUCCCAUUUCAAGAGGUAAAAAGAUUCUAUUUAUUAAAUCUUCAAAGUCACCAUCAACAUCAACAUUAAAUAAUAAUGAUAAUAGAAUGGAUAUUGUUGAAAAUAAUAAUGAUAGUAAUAAUAAUAAUAAUAAGACAAUACAACUACCAAAUAAUAUUAUUUAUAAAAUAAUUGAAAUGGUUUGGGAAAAGAGACAAUAUUGUACAUGUGAUUAUGACGAAGAAUUGAUUCAAAGAUGGUUGAAUGAAGGAUUUGAUGUAUUCCAAGACCAAGACGCAGUGGACCGAUACUUUGCACAGAAAAAGACAUGUGCCGUCCACUUUGAUUACAACAAGCCACAUUUACCACUCAUCAACACGGUGCCAAUUUCUAAUCGUGCCAAGCUCCAAUUGGGACUCAUUAGCAAGGGUGUACACCAACACAUCAAAAACAACAUACCAUGCAAAAUAUUUUUAGACAAGUUGCUCGUCGCCAACUUGACGAGUACGACACAUCUUGCAGUGCGACCCAUUCAUGCUAUUCGUAUAUCACAAGAUGUCCCACUCGGCCUUGUCUCUUGUCUCGCCAACGUCACCAAAGCCAAGUUGACACAGAGUUUCAACACAUUGAAUAUAUUGCAGCACAUGCCUCAUUUGCAAUCGCUCUCGUUUUCCUUGUACUAUUAUUACGGUGCACACAAUACACCACAGUCGCCCAGCGUCACCCAAUUGGUGACUCUCAAAUCUCUCACCAAACUCGAUAUCUCCAACCCAUACUAUAAUCGUAAUACCCAUAUAACUGGUAUUCUCGAAGCCACCAACGAACUCCCAUCACUCACCAAGCUCUUUUUGACACAGCGAGAUAUUGACAAGUACACCAGUGUGCCUGAAGCGGUCAAACAGCGCCUCACCGCCAUCUCGUAUGACAUACCACACCUCCUCUCUUUGGAUAUGUUCCCAAAACUCGAGUACUUGCGUAUUAUUCAUGCGACCAACUCGGUCAAAGCGCACAACAUCAAACUGCCAACCACUGUCACCAAGGUAACCACAUCGAAUAUGAUGUUUGAUUUCAUUGCCAAUCAUCCAAACAUCAACACAUUGAAACUUAAAACACAAUACUAUGACACUACUAUCCUCAACAAAGCAUUGUUGAAGGCAUCACGAAACAAAAUGUCACAUCUUCAAAAUUUAUAUAUUUGUAAUAAUUAUUAUUCAAAUGCUUUCCAACCAAAUAUGACACAAAAAUAUGCUUUCAAAGUCGUUCAUUCUAUUGGUCAAUUUGAAACUGGUCAAAAACUUUAUCUAAAAAGAAAAGAUCAAAAUGAUAAUGAAGAGGAAGAAGAAGAGGAAGAGGAAGAAGAAGAAGAGGAAAUUGUAGAACAACAACAAGAUCAUGAACAUCAUCAUCAUGAACAAGAUCAUGAACAUAAAGAAGAAUAA